UGGCAGGGAAACCAGAAGCUAAGAUUUUUGGCAGUGGCAUUUCUUUUUACCAAUUCCUUUAUGUUAUCUACACCUCCUGAAGCUUUGGCAGAAACAUGCGAGGCUGAGAAUUCCUUUUUCAAUAUGCCCUUGCUGCUAUUUGUGGCCCUUAUAGGAGCUACUGUUGGAGGCUUGCUUGCACGGCAGAGGAGAGGGGAGCUGGCCCGGUUGAAUGAACAGCUGCGCCAGAUCAAUGCAGCUCUAAGAAGACAAGCUAAAAUUGAGUCCUAUGCUCCCAGCUUGAGUUAUGCUCCUGUUGGCAGUAAAAUACCAGAUAAUGAAGUAAUUGUUGAUCCAAGAAAACAAGAGUUGAUUUCUAGAUUAAAAACUGGGAAGAACUUUUUGAGGAAUCAAGAGCCUGAAAAGGCAUUUGUGGAAUUCAAAGCAGCUUUGGAGCUUGCACAGAGUGUGAAGGAUCCUAUUGAAGAAAAGAAGGCUGCAAGGGGUUUAGGAGCCUCACUGCAAAGGCAAGGCAAGUACCGGGAAGCUAUUAAAUACCACUCGAUGGUUUUAAAAAUCUCUGAACGAGAAGGAGAAGACUCUGGUAACACAGAAGCAUAUGGAGCUAUAGCUGACUGUUAUACUGAACUAGGAGAACUUGAGAAAGCAGGAAAAUUCUACGACAAGUACAUUGCUAGGUUGGAAUCAGACUGAUAAUGUAGCACAAUUGAGAAUUGAAAUAUCAGAUGAGGUUUCAAUAGCUUGCAGAUCAGGUUUUUGGCAUGUGCUUUUAAUGUUGUAAGUUCUCAUUUUUUCUGCAUGUUUGAAUUCAAGUACUCUUGAAUCAUCUCGUUUUAACACCCUGAACUUCUGAUUAAUGUCAAUCCAAAGAUGGGCGUGAUUCUUUUUGUA